AUGGUCAGCAUGGACAUCAUUGCAGCGUGCGCGGCGAAGGGGGAAAUCCUACCGGUUUGCUCCACGGAGGGAGGGGUUCACAUCGAUUUGGCGUUGUUCCUCGGGUCCAACGUGCUUCCAGUCGAAGCAGCGGGACACAAAAAGCCACCAAGGAGGAAGCAAGACGGCAAGCCAGAGUCCAACGCGUUCGGUAACGGCGGUGGAAGUAGCGAGUGUUUUGGUUCUGUAACGGUCGGUGAAGAGCCGCAGUCCUCCACCACAUUCGUGGUAAAAAUGGGGUUUCGACUGAUUCUUUUCGCGAGAUCUCUCGACUUUGCAAACCCCCAGCCCUUAAAAUCCUCUGACGACGUGACAUCGAUGGUGUUCUUGGAAGACUCGCCGGAGGCCCUCUCUGGUGUUCAACUGAUUCGAUUCGGAGGCGUAGACUCUGUGGGCUUGGCGGCUGGAGACGAUGGCGGCGGCUGUUCGUUGGACACUAAGGGUUGUGAAUCUUCCUCGGACGGGACAAGUCAGGGACUUGCUGCAGGAGAGGGCAUAUCGGGGUUAUCCGCCCCUUCCGAUGACAACGAGUCGAGCAACAGCGGAUCCAAGGAGAGUGAGGACGCCACAAUUCCCCCAUUCGUGACAGGCGGCAUGGGACUGAGAUGCCAGCCGGGGCUCGAGAUGUCGAAGACGAUGGGUGGUAGGCUUCAGGACGAGAUGGUGCGAGCGCUUCCACCCGCUCUCGAGGCGAGGGGAUCAGAUGAACGUCAGCUCAGCGCUACUCAUGAGGCCGUGAUUACACUUCUCGCGGCCAGACCGCCGUGCUUCACUCCAGACGUGCCACGCCGAACCCCUGACCCCACUGUUCCAUCGGGUGGAGAACCGCCGAGUGGAGUGAGCGACGACGUCGAACGCGACCAGAACAGGGUCCUCAACAACCUGAUCGAGACGCUAUUCGCAUACAAGAGCACACUCGAAAAGGGACCCGACACGGUGUCACGGUGCGAGCGAGCCUCACAAGCGCAGCAUGCGGAGGCCGCCCGCAAGGACGAACAGGUAGCAUACCGCCUGACUUCAUCCGCCCUUCAGUUUCUUGCCCGAAGUGGAGAUGUUCUUCACGCCUGCGGAUCAGACCCUGUCUUCUACAGCCCGGUCUUCCCCGGAGUUAGAGCUCUGGUACACAGCGCCAUCCGCAGAGCCGCCGGCACGAUGAGGCCGCCAAAUCAGGACCGCGAGGGAGACUUGGAGCGCGUCGUUGUGGGCAGUCUGACGCGAAGUAUGAUUACAAGAGUCCCAAGCGACUGCACGUGGAUCGUUCCGCUGGCAGCCUUGGCCGUCAACAACCCUGACGACUUCCCAGCAAAAGGAUGGUGGGAUGCUUUCGGUACGCUCGUUGCUGAUCGACACCGGGGGAGCGAAGAAUCGAGUGGACAUUUCAGCCGAAUAUCACUUGCGAAGCUUUUCAAAAUGGUUACGGCAGCAGAAAAGGCCGGAGCCGGUGACAAUCAUGCGGGCAUCGCACUUGAGUCAAACCGUAGCCCCGACGGAGACCCCUGCCAUCUGGAAGUCCAUGCACUGGGUGCUGGCCAGGUCGAGUCUGCCACCCAGGGAUUAUAUAGGGUUCAAGCCGUUGUCAAUUCGUGGCGUGAGCACCACGAUAGUGAGGUACCGAAAGUGACAAUGGUGAAUGACGAUCAUUUGCACGAGUGUAUUCGCGAAACCGGCGAUGACGAAGAAAGCGACGGCGAUGAAACCAUCCACCAUGGAAUUACCCUGUCACCUCAGCAGUGGGAUUUAGGGUUUGACACCUCUGACUGGGCUCGAGAUCGAGGUGCCGCGGCGGCUGCUUCAUACAAAAGGAAUCAAGGUACCCCUUUCGGGAUCGAGGAUGGUGUCGAUGGCCCCGAUGAGCGUGGUUCCGGAAACUUCGACUCUUUCUGCUUUUCCCUUUCAAGCCUGUGGACGGCGGCCGUGAGCGAUCGAUCCAAGAUGAAUGCCACCCAGGCGGCGCAAGCCAAGGCGUUCAGCGGCGAUGGCGUGCUGCGCCGUCUUGUGCUUCUAGAGGCCACCAUGAACAGCGUCUUUGCCCGCCUGCCGGGUUUUGUGUUGUGCGAGGCCAGUAAGUGGUCGGAAUGGAUCAGCGAGGUGUGUCGCUCCCUGAGCUCAGUGCGGGAAGGCUGCGGAAACAACGCGUCCAUAGGCUGGCUCCGCUUCUUGUUGUCACACCCCCCUCCAGUGUUUGAGUCGAAACACAGUGUGGGUGACGCGAAUUCGUCUAGUUCUUCGACUUCUACCGACAAUAACGGCGGCGACAGUGACAGUGGCAGCAACAGCAGCGCUAGUGGGGAGAUUGGGAUUGACGAAGCGAUAGACGAGGAAAAGGCAAAGAGGGGUCCAAUUUCGGAAACCGCAAAUGAUGACAUUUGUUCCGAAACCGAUGCCGCUUUUUCUGGCGAACUCAAGCACCGGGAAGCACCCGGGGCGGGUGCCCCUCACAGUAAAGUCCGUCGAGAUUCACGCGAGCGGAUGAAGAUCAAACUUGGCCUUGCAGAUGGGCUUGGCAUCGCUGUCGGAAGUGAGCAGAGCGAUGAUAUUCCGUCGGCGGAGACUGGUAAGGAAUUCACCGCCCGUGCCAGCAGUCUCUUCGGCAUCUCCACAUCGAGGUUAAGAGGGGUGGCCUCCGCCAAGAAGCUGCCCUCUUCCGCUGCUGCGAAUGGUGUAGAUGCGGACAGCGAUGGGAGCCUUCGUUUUAGUCAUACCGAGAACGUAGGCACGCCAGCAACGGCGGGGACGACGCCAGAUUUGUUGAACGUCAGCACCCACGAGGAUUUCGACACCGGCGAAGACGAAGAAUCAAAAUUUAUCACGUUUGUCGCGGAAACAUUCCGGCCUCAAAGAGACGACAGCGACUGGCACAAGGAAGAGAAGCCCGUCCCCGCUCCCCUGGAAACAUCGACGGACGCCAAGAAUACCGUUGCCCUCGUAGUGGCCGAACAGUCGACAGCAUCGGUAUCAACGACGACCGUCGUGGAAGAUGACAUGGCAUCGAUGGCGACACAUCCAGAAGACAAAACCGCCAAGAACCCAAUGAUACAACAGCAGAUGACCUCUGAGGCAGUCUCGUCACCGGUUGCCAGCUCCCCUCAGACGGUUGAUCAAGAUGGAUCCGCCACGCCCGCCGGGCUCGGGGCUUCGCCCGAGCGGUCUUCCAUCUGCAGUCCUCCACAGUCAACAUCCACCGUAGAGGACUCAGUGACAGUAGCCAAGGUAAUGGUCCCGGCAGGUGGCGAUAUUACAGAAGCUGUCAGCCGUCACUUCGUCAGCGUGCUUUCUAAUAUCGAAUGCGCCGCGAAAGAGGCAGGAACCACCGUAACUGUCCACGACGCGUCCAAACCAGCACAUGCGCUCCUAUCGCGGGGAGUUCUCGUGGGACAGGCGCGGGGGCAGCAAACAGGGCACUCUAGGGCGCGGGGGAGGGGCAAUCCCGCUGCGGUUGCCAUCAACGGUGGUCUUUCAACUGCAAACAUGGUGCGACGAAGCUCUUUGUCCCAUUAG